AUGAUCACCGCUAUUCUAGUGACCAUUCCGCUGGCUCUACUCUCGUACAUCGGAUUCUUCCUCGGCAGGAUUCUUUAUCGCAAUUGGAGCUCUCCUCUCUACUUUGUUGACGGCCCGGCCUGUGCAAAUCCUGUUCUCGGGCAUUUUAAGUUGAUCUCAGAUGUCCCCGAGAUCACAAAUGAGUGGAGGGAGAGAUUUGGCGCAACUUUCAUGGCAAAAGGCUUUUUCGGUGCAAAUGAACUUCACACCAAAGAUGUAAAGGCAGUCGCGCACAUCGUCACCCAGGGCGCGAUCUACCAGAGAACCCAAAUGUCCUUGGCGCUGGUCGAACAGCUACUCGGUCGAGGCAUUCUGUCCGUUGAGCACGAUGAGCACAAGCGUCAGCGACGGAUCCUCAAUCCCGCUUUUGGUGUUCCACAGAUCAGAAUGAUGACCAAAGUGUUCAUCGAGAAAGGGAAUAUGCUUCGGGACUUGCUGCGACAGGAGAUCAGUGCAGGCAGCGAAAGAGCAAUGGCGGAUCUGUCAGGCUGGUUCAGGCAAGUCACCCUGGACAUCAUCGGAGAAGCUGGCUUUGGAUACAGAUUCAACUCACUGGAGUCACGUGGACAGGACGAGGCGGAACUCAGCACUGUUGUGCGCCUGCUGUUUCACUCUCCCAACGCAAACUUGUAUCAAGCGGUCCAGGUCGCACAGGCGAUUUUUCCGGUCCUACGAUUUGUCCCGCUCCCUGGUGGGCAGAUAAUCCGUUUCACACAAACAAAACUGCGUGAAAUCGGCAAGCAGAUCCUACACAAGUCAAGACGUGAGUCUGCGGCUGCCCCUGGCGAGAAGAACCCUGUGAAGGGUCAGAAUCUGCUUUCUCUGCUCUUGAAAGCCAACAUGUCAAGCGGGAUUCCAGCCAGUCAGAGACUGAGCGAUGAGGAAGUGAUAUCUCAGAUCCCGACGUUUUUCCUUGCGGGACACGAAACGACCAGUACCGCUUUGGCUUGGGCGGUACAUGCUUUGUCCCAGCACCCAAAUGUGCAGGAAAAGCUUCGUCAGGAGCUCUUCUCGCUCCCUACCGGCAAGCCAUCGAUGGAUGAGCUUAAUGCGCUGCCUUUCCUCGAGAACUUUGUCAGAGAGACAAUGAGGUUGUAUACGCCAGCGGUCUUUAUCCAGAGGAUGGCAACCCGAGACGAUGUAGUUCCUCUCUCAAAACCGUACGCGGAUCGUUGGGGUGUGUCUCACGACAGUCUCCCGAUCCGCAAAGGUCAAGUCUUCACUAUCCCUAUCCUCGCGAUCAACACAGACAAAGAAACUUGGGGAGAUGACGCCCUCGAAUUCAAACCUGACAGAUGGGAUCGACUCCCUGAUAAGGCGCAUUCAGUCCCAGGCGUUUGGGCCAACCAGAUGACGUUCUUUGCCGGCCCGCACAACUGCAUAGGCUUCCGGUUCAGUCUCGUUGAACAGAAAGCUAUUCUCUUUACGCUUCUCCGCGCUUUCGAGUUCACUCCGGGAGCACCGGUCGUCGGAGCUACCAUGACCGGUGUGCUACAGCGGCCUGUCUCCUUUGUACCCGGAAAGGCUGGCUUGGUUUCGACGGGGCAAUUCCCGAUUGUAAUCAGGGAGUACACCGGGGAAGAUGCGCGGGCCGUGUGA